CUUAGCGCCUGGAGCGGUUGCUCCUUUCGCCCUAUGGUAGGGCCGGCUCUGAUACCAAGUACCAGGGGCACCGUACAUUGGGGCACGCACUUUUUUCUUAUCUCAAUCUUCCUUCUCCCAUUCAAAUCUUCAUCAUCCAAUACAAUUAUUUGUGACGUGUAAUUCGGUCGAAUUACACGUCACAAAUACAGUAAUUGUAAACAACGAGACGUCAAAAACUCGUCAUUCCGAUUAGUCGAUCCGACAAUCGUCCGUAAUUGCCGAUAGAGGCGCUGGCGGUCGAAUUGUAGAUGAAAGAGAAUUCGCGAGCGAAAUCGAUCAAAUUUGGGAAUUAAUUUGAAUCUUAUUGGCUCGAAUCUUGUUCUCGGCGAGGAACCACACCGGAAAUACGUCACGCAGGAAGGAAGAAAAAUAAUAAAAUGAUAUGUACGAAAUAUGGAAUAUUCAGGAAAAUUGGACGUCAUUCACGAUUCUUGUGCAAAUCUAUUUGUAAGUUUGACUCAAAAUUUUACAAGAAACUGUCAAAUGUGCCGUACGUAUUCCCAAUCAGUGUAGGAGAAACGGAAGGUGACCCUAGAGUUCAUCAGCUGUAUGUGGGAUUGUUAAACAGAGACAGAGUCUCUCUUGCUGAAAGUAUAACCUUGGUAGAAUCUCACCAUCCCAAGAAGAAGGCGCAAGCUAAUGAGUUGUUGUCGUUAAUACUGAAGAAUGCAGAAAACAAAUAUCAAAAGCUAGGCCAGAAAUCAUUAAGUUUCAGAAUUGGGCUCACCGGUCCUCCCGGUUCUGGAAAAUCAACAUUUAUAGAAGCUUUUGGGAAAAUGCUGACAAGUGCGGGACACAGGGUGGCAGUUUUGGCCGUAGAUCCUUCUUCCUCGACUACCGGAGGUUCGUUGCUGGGAGACAGAACAAGGAUGCUGGAACUUUCGAGGGAUCCGAAUGCUUAUAUCCGACCCUCUCCGGCCGGCACGUACGCUGGAGGGGUGGCCAGGAGCACCAAUGAUUCCGUUCUGCUUUGCGAGUCGGCCGGAUAUGACGUGAUAAUCGUGGAAACUGUGGGGGUGGGCCAGUCCGAAUAUGCGGCUGCCGACAUGGUGGACCUAUUCACGCUGCUACUGCCGCCCGUAGCCGGCGACGAGCUCCAGGGCAUAAAGAGGGGAGUGGUGGAACUGGCCGAUCUGAUUAUAAUUAACAAGGCCGACGGAAAUCUGGUCAAGGAUGCCCGCCUCAGUCAGACGGAAUACACGAGUGCCCUGAAGUACGUUCGUAGUAGAUCCAACGUUUGGAGACCGAAGGUUAUGAGAGUGUCAUCAAUUAAGAAAGAAGGUUUAGAUAAAGUAUGGAAAGAGAUGCAAGACUUCUGGGACGAAACACUGGAGGCGGGAGAACUAGAGGCAAAACGGAGACGUCAGUAUCGGGUCUGGAUGUGGAACCACAUCGAGUACCAUCUCAAGCUCUACUUCAGACAGCAUCCCAGAGUGAGUCCUUACAUAGACGAGACAGAGAAGAAGGUGACCGAUGGCAUCCUGACUCCCGGAACGGGUGCAGACAUUUUAUUACACAAACUUUUUGCAGAAGAGUGAGGGGGGAAAAUCGUCGUAUAAUUG